GCCUGCUGCUCUUCGGCCUUUUCUCCUUCUCCAAUACUUCUUCUUUUUCCUCUUCUGUUCAUCUCGUUGAACAUUCACAUCUCCAUCGGUAGUAGCUACUAGAAUGAUGGAGCAAUACACACUUCAUCUCCACCAUGCAGAUACGGAGACCACAAGCAGCUUUUUACAAUCAAUGGAGGAGAGACUUCACUACGCUUUUUACAUUCUUCUCUCUCAGGAGCUCUGUGUGGAGAUACCCCGUGAGGUGGCGUCUCUUCGCGAUGCCAAGAUGGCAAGCCAUCUCCUUCCAACAGGCAUCAAUGCGCUCUGCCACUUCACUCCGGAGUCGCUGGCGGAGAUCGAGAGGAUCAUCAAGGAGAAGGACAGCAGGGAGGAAGUAGAGGAGGCAGAGGAGACGCUACAGGCACCCAGGAGUGACCUAGAGGCUGGGAAGAGCCUGCCCAUGAUCUAUGGCGACCCACCAGACAACCUCCUCAACACCCCAUUGGAGGACAUAGACCCUUUCUACAAAUCAAAGAAAACAUUUAUUGUCAUAAGCAAGGGGAACACAAUCUACAGGUUCACUGCUGAACCGGCGAUGUAUUUUAUCAGUCCGUUUAGUAUCGUCAGAAGAGGAGCCAUCAAGAUUCUCAUACAUUCAUAUCCUUCAUGUGUCAGCAUGACAGUUUCAGGUUUACAUUAAAUACU